AUGGCGGAGCAAGGUGCAAACCUGGGGCUUGCCGCGCUCAGCGUGGCCUUCCUCUUUGGCAUCCUUGGACUGUUUGCCUUUUUUGCUCUGCGCGCGAAAACCGCUGCCGAAGAGGAGGAAAAGCAGGAAAAGCAGCAAGCUGCCGGAGGUCAGAGGCGACGUGGUGCGUUGGAUCGCAUGCAGCGCGGUGCGGCACGUGCUGCCGGCGGUGGAGAAGCCGACGAAGAUGAGCCGGAGAAUCAGGCCGGCAACAAGAAAGCGAAUGCCGCCAAAGAGCAAAAGAAGCAGGAGAGAAGAGCACAGCAGCAAGCAGAAAGAGAGGCCUAUCAGCAGAAGCAGGACAAGAAAGACAAGUAUGCGCAGAAGCAGCAGGCCCGUGAGGCAGAGCGGUUGCGGCGAGAUGCGGAGGACGAGCAGGCCAGGAAAGAAAAGGAGAAACGGGAGAAGGAAGAACUGGACAAGUGGAAGGAGAUGUUUGCGGUGGAGUAUGAGGGCGAGGAUGACGCUGCCACAGCUGGAGAGUCAGCGUUGGAGCAGUUUAUUGAGUAUGUCAAGCUUCGAAAAGUGGUGAAUCUGGAGGACCUGGCUGCCGAAUUCCGCAUGAGAACUGUUACAGCCAUCAACCGGCUCGAAGAGCUUGAAAAGAUGGGUCGAUUAAGUGGAAUUUUCGACGACCGCGGCAAGUACAUCUACAUCACAGCAGAGGAAAUGGGUGAAGUUGCAGCCUGGCUCAAGCGCAAGGGCCGCGUAAACCGCGCAGAGUUGGUCGCCGGCUGUAACAAGCUCAUCCGACUGGAUCCCACGGCAGAGGACAAGGCGAAGCUCGAAGCAGAGGUGAGGACGGCAGAAGAGAAGCUGGAAGGCCAAAGGGUUCGGCUACCUUGCGGGGUCGGAAUCGCAACGGACGGCCUUGAAUAUCUGGCUCAGCUUCUCGCGCCGAUGAAGGGGCUCAGUGACGUGAAGAAAAUGUUGGCCGCAGUGGUCGCAGCCGUGCUGCUAAGCAGUUGGCAAGGUUUCUCUUUCCUCGGCUCAAUGCCCACGGGACAGCAGGCGCACAAGACGGCUCGGCAAGCCUCCGUGGUUGACAGCCUCAAGAACCCGGUCAAGACAGUGUCCGAGACUAUUGACGAGUUCUACAAGGGAUACCCGAAGCCGCCGGUGCUCCCGAUGUACAGGAGUUUCCUGGUUGAUUUCAUCACUCAAGUGCACCUGACCAUGGUGGACUCCCGAUUCAAGUACGACGCAAUCUUUGGACUUGGGAUGAGGCACUUCUACUCCGGGCUUAUGGGCAACUACGACAAGCUUGUCAUGAGCGAGGAGUCAGAGAAGAUUUGGAAGGCCUUGAACACCGCCAUGGGAAUGAAGCCGGACCAGGUCACUGCCGACGCAGAAGCUGUUGCCAAGUAUGCCAGCUCGACUUCGCCAGCUGAAAUCCUGCAGCACAUGGAGGGCACGGCCAAGCCUUCCGAUGCCAAGAUCGGCACUGCUUUCGAGCAGAUCCAGUCUUCGCUCUACAGCAUGACCUACAGCAUUGGCUUGUUCCGCAUCAUGGAGCUGAGUGGCGUGGAGGUCAACAAGGCCAAUGCAGAGGAGUGGGCAAAGGCCCUGAAGAUUGAGCCUGCGUCCAAGGUCACUUCUGACCUUGAAACAUACAAGCAGAAUCAGGUGAAACUCCAGAAGGCCGAGGAAAUGAUUCGAGAGAUUGAGAUCCGGGAGAAGAAGAAGCUGGCCGAGAAGCUGGAGCAGAAGGCGAAAGCGCUGGCAGAGAAGGCGGCCGCGAAGAAGUCGGGUGGCGAGGACAUAAUUAAUCACGCAGACUGCUUCUCGAUGAAGACUCACGAAGACUCCGCAGUAACUUCAGCUGCUAUUAUGUUCAAGGCCUCAAAUUGA